GCUCGGGCUGAAAUGCACACACGCGGGAGGAGGAAGCAGCCGCCCGCAGUUCGCGCUCGGCUGGCGAAGGCUGCAUGCGAGAGGCAGCCGCGCAGGGGCCCAUAGCCGCCGAGGAGGGGACGCCAUGUGCCGGCCAGCUCUGACCAGGCUGCUGCUCUUCCACCUGCUGCUCGUCAAGAUGCACAUCGCCAAAGGCUCCGCCAAGGAGUGCGAAGAGGACCAGUUCCAGUGCCGGAAUGAGCGGUGCAUCCCUUCCAUUUGGAAAUGCGACGAGGAUGACGAUUGCUCAGAUAAUAGUGACGAGGCAGAUUGCCCCAAGAAGACCUGUGCAGAAAGUGAUUUCACUUGCAACAAUGGCCACUGCAUUCCUUCCAGGUGGAAAUGUGAUGGUGAAGAGGAAUGCCCAGAUGGGUCUGAUGAAUCCGAAGCCUCAUGCACCAAACAAGUAUGCUUAGCUGAAAAAAUCAGCUGUGGAGACUCCAGCAACAAAUGCAUCCCAUCUUCAUGGAGGUGUGAUGGAGAAAAAGACUGUGAAAGUGGAAUUGAUGAGGCCGGGUGCACUAAUGUCUGUUCGCCUACUGAGUUCCAGUGCAGCAACAAGACCUGCAUAGCUACAAUUUUUGUCUGUGAUGGUGACGAUGAUUGUGGUGAUGGCAGUGACGAGAGGAAGUGCCCGCCCCUCACCUGCAACCCCAAUGAGUUCCAGUGCAAUAACAGCCUGUGCAUCCCAGAGAUCUGGGUCUGUGAUAAUCAGCCUGAUUGUGAGGACCAUUCUGAUGAGUCAACGGAGAAGUGUGGCUUCAAAGCCAAGCCGCAAGCCACAAGCACCUGUGCAGCUCACGAGUUCCGGUGCGGCAAUGGAGAAUGCAUCCAUCUGAACUGGAAAUGUGACGGAGAUGAGGACUGCAAAGACAAGUCGGACGAGCAAGAUUGUCCUCUGGUGACCUGCAGCCCUGAUGAGUUCCAGUGUGGUGAUGGGACUUGCAUCCAUGGAGCCAAACAGUGCAACAAAGUGCAUGACUGCCCUGACAACAGUGAUGAGGCUGGCUGCGUUAACGAAGCGGCGUGCGAGAAUCCCACCAAGUUUCAGUGUAAGAGUGGAGAGUGCAUAGAGGAAGUCAAGGUGUGCGAUUCGCACAGGGACUGCAGGGACUGGUCUGACGAGCCCCUGAAAGCAUGUGGAGUGAAUGAAUGUGCACUCAACAAUGGCGGCUGCUCCCACAUAUGCAGAGAUUUGAAGAUUGGCUAUGAGUGUGAGUGUCCUCCUGGAUACAAGCUUCUCGACAAGAAAACAUGUGGAGACAUAGAUGAAUGUGAGAAUCCUGACGCUUGUAGCCAGAUCUGCAUCAACUACAAGGGAGACUAUAAAUGCGAAUGCUAUGAGGGUUACGAGAUGGACACUCUGUCCAAAAACUGCAAAGCUGUAGGGAAGAGCCCGUAUUUGGUUUUCACAAAUCGCCAUGAAGUACGCAAGAUAGACUUGGUGAAAAGGGACUACUCUCGCAUCAUCCCCAUGCUGAAGAACGUGGUUGCUUUGGAUGUGGAGGUGGCAACAAACAGGAUAUACUGGUGUGAUUUAUUCUACAGGAAAAUAUACAGUGCCUACAUAGACAAAGCCAGCGACACAGCUGAGCAAAUGGUCCUAAUUGAUAGCCACUUGAACUCUCCUGAAGGCCUGGCAAUGGAUUGGGUUCACAAGAACAUCUACUGGACAGAUUCAGGAAACAAGACCAUUUCUGUCGCCACAGCUGAUGGGAGUAAGAGGAGGACACUUUUCAGUACUAACUUAAGUGAGCCCAGAGCCAUUGUGGUGGAUCCAACACGGGGAUUCAUGUAUUGGUCUGACUGGGGUGACAUAGCAAAAAUUGAGAAGUCUGGCUUGAACGGCGUAGAUCGGCAAGUGCUUGUGAUGGACAACAUUGAAUGGCCCAAUGGCAUCACACUAGAUUUGUUAAAUCAGCGCCUCUACUGGGUAGACUCCAAGUUGCACUUGCUUUCGAGCGUAGAUUUCAAUGGCAGCAACAGGAAAGUUCUCAUCUCUUCUGUGGAUGACCUCAGCCAUCCGUUUGGAUUAGCAGUCUUUGAGGAUAGGGUAUUCUGGACUGAUCUGGAGAAUGAAGCAAUCUUCAGUGCCAAUAGACUGAAUGGUCUGGACAUCUCCAUUUUAGCGGAGAACCUCAAUAACCCUCAUGAUAUUGUAGUCUUUCAUGAGCUAAAGCAACCUAAAGCUCCAGAUGCUUGUGAGCUCAGCUCUCUGCCAAAUGGAGGUUGUGAAUACCUAUGUCUUCCUGCACCCCAAAUCUCUUCACAUUCUCCCAAGUAUACCUGUGUUUGUCCUGAUAAUAUGUGGUUGGGUCCCGACAUGAAAAAGUGCUAUAAAGAGCUUCCAACUACCUCAACUAAUGUGCCUACUACUCCUGCUACUACUGUUGCUACUGCUACAACUCACUUGUCCAAUUUUACUGCCAUCACUACGGUUGUUAUGACUACUACUACUACCACCACCAUUACAACUGGCAACAACAGUAACGAUAGUACAGAAGGCCAAGAGACCACAUCGCGCAUCUUCCUGGGCACUACAAGCCUACAUUCACCCACAACCACAUCCAGCCUGGCAGACUCUAAGAUUACAACAACAGGAAACAGCAACCUCUCCCAACACUAUGCCAACAGUGGACAAGGUUUCGGAUCAACGGUGAUGGCUGCCAUUAUUGGAAUUGUGGUUCCUGUUGUGGUGAUUGGUUUGUUGUGCAUGGGAGGGUAUCUCAUCUGGAGGAACUGGAAACGGAAAAACACGAAAAGCAUGAACUUUGACAAUCCUGUGUACAGGAAAACUACAGAAGAGGAAGAUGAAGAUGAAAUCCAUAUUGGGAGAACAGCACAGAUUGGGCAUGUGUAUCCAGCACGUGUAGCAUUAAGCCUAGAAGACGAUGGGUUACCAUGAGGACCGCACCUGCACCAACCCCACAGCCGGUGGAUUGAUAGAUAUGCACUGAACACGCCUGCUGUGGAUCACGGAGUCCACUUUCUUUUAUCUCCUUCUCUCCUUUAACGGUUUAUUUAUGUUGCAGAAGGGUAACCACAAAGUAAUAAUGAACUGCAAACAUCCAAAGGAUGUGAGAGUUUAGUAUGUAUAAUCUUUUAUACACCUUUUAAGCUUCUUGCACUAUCCAUCCGUAAUGGCGAGGAGGCUGCUCUACUGUGGGGCUACUAACUCGGUGUAUAGAACCAGCCAGACCCAAGGGUCGGUAGCAUAUGUGUCAUUUUUAAAAGCUAUAUUUAUAGAAAUUUUGUAAAUAUGUCGGACAUACUUUGUGGCUAUCCAUCAACAUAAGAAAGAAAAGGAAAAAAAGAGGUCUAUACAAGCAGUUUAGGAUAUUUAUUAACAAAUUCUGGAUAUAAGGUUUGUUCUGUACAUA